AGACUCAGAAUGUAUUAAUGGAGGUAUCUCCUUUGGUGCUGGCAGGAUUAAUGUUAGUGUAUCUUGAUUCCGCUGAACAAAAUAGUCAUAUUUCAUUCCAUAUAACAAUGAUACUAACAGGAUUGCUUUAUUUUCCCCUAAAUAAAAAACAGAUGUACUCUUCAACAUGGACUUCCGGGGUGGGAAGCAACAUAUGGUAAAUCAUGUAGAGAACUCAUUGCAACAUUUGGAUACAAUUGUGGAGAAGCAUACUUCUGAGGAAGUUGCAAUCAAUGGGUUGCAACUACAGGUUUCUAUUGAGGCGGCAAAAUGCGGUGCUUUUCAAGGUGUGCCAUUUAGGGGGCAUGAUGAAAGCCAAGAUUCAAAAAAUCGAGGUAAUUUUAUUGAACUUGUUAAAUUCAUAGCAAAAUAUAAUAAGGAUGUGGCUAAAGUAAUUUUGCAUAACGCACCUCAAAAUGCACAAUAUACCUCACCAAUAAUUCAAAAGGAAAUUCUUUCUGUUUUCCCAAGAAAAGUGCAAAAUUUCAUUCGUGAAGAGAUUUAUUAAAAAAGAAUUUUGCUUACUUGUAGAUGAAUCACGGGAUAAAUCAAGAAGGCAACAAAUGGUCGUCGAUUUGAUAAAAAUGUUUUUUGGCAUCAUUCAUGUAGAAGACACUAAAUCAGCCAGUUUAUUUAAAGGGAUAUGUGAUGUUUUUUAUCAAUAUAAUUUUAGUAUACAAAAUCUCCGUAGCCAAGGAUAUGAUGGUGCUAGUAAUAAGUAGCCAGUUCAAUGGUUUGCAAGCUUGGUUUUUGGAAGAAUGUUCUUAUGCUUAUCAUAUUCAUGGCUUUGCUCAUCACUUGCAAUUGACAUUAGUAGAACAUUUUUCCAACUAUUUGGCUUCCAAUAUUGUGUGUGACUGCUUCUGCUAAAAAAGUUACAACUAAGAGGUUCUAAAACUGCUAGAGUUGGUGAAAUGAUUGCUACUGAUGAAGUUGAAACCAGUAGAGGAUAGAAUCAAACAGGCUAUUUGAAAUGUCCAGGGAGUACUCGUUGGGGUUCCUAUUUUGGUUCAAUAUGUAGUUUAAUGAACGUGUACGAGGAUAUAUGCUCUGUUUUGAGAGAGAUUAUCAAUGAUGAGAACAAUCUCUUGGUUAAAAAAUGUGCAGUGGGUGCACUGUUUGAUAGUAGGACAUCUUUUGAAUGUCUUCAUCUUACAUUUUAUGAGAGAUGUUUUAAGAUUUGCAGAUAUUCUUUGUCAAGUUUUACAAUUGUAAAGAUAAAGAUGUACUAAAUGUUAUGGAUUUUGUAUCAGCAACAAAGCAUCAGCUUCAAAAUUAUAAACAAAUUGAUGGGAAAAGUUAUUGGAUAGUGGGAAGAUGUUUUGUGCCUCAAGAAACAUAGAGAGUCUUGAUAUCGAUGCUUUCUACACAAUUGGAAGAGACCAAGCUCGUAACCAGAUCAAUCAUGUAAUAAUAGAUCACCAUUAUAGAGUUGAUGCGUUUUUGGGUGUUUUAGAUAUUUUUAAAGAGGAACUCAAUACUACUAAUUCAAGGAAGAUAUGAUGGAGAUGUUUGUUCUUGGCUCGGCACUUGAUCCAAAAAAUGACUACGAAAGGUUCAACAUAGAAAACAUUUGUAUACUUGCAAGCAAGUUCUAUUCCAUGAUUUCACGGAGAAUGAAAAAGAACUUUUGAAAAUUCAGUUGGAACUUUUUCAAUUGGAUAUUGUGGGUAUAGAUUGAAAGGUUUAUCAUCACUGCCUGAAAUGUAUCAGGUGUUGGCUACAACUGGAAAAAUUAAUAACUGUUAUCUUGUGGAUAGAUUGAUUAGUCGUAU